AUGUUUACUGGCUACUAUGUCGCGGCAGACUGGAAACGAAAGGCUCAGCGGCAACGACAGUGUUGGAAGCGACGCUUCACCACAACCUGGCGUCGAGGAGCACUGACUCCGGACUGCCAGCAACGGACAGCUGCAGCGUCUCGAUGUGCACAGUCCGCUGCUAUCCGAGCAAUUAUUUGCAUGGUAUCGAGAGAGGAACCUGUGCGGGACUUGGUAUCGGACGCUUCAGAUUCAACAAGAACACGCUCCGCAGGACCCGCUAUUGGUGCCGCAGAGAAACGCAAAGCGUCGAGGGCGAGCGCCUUGGACCCGUACCAAACCACGAGUGCUAGAAGCGGGUCUGCGAACGCACUCUUGGACGCGGUACCCUGGUUAGCACUGCACCUGGCGACCGUUCUCUGGGGGACACAGCACGCAGUUAUCAAACAGCUCGUAGACGGCGGGUUCGACGCAUCUGUGCUCAAUAUGGAAAGAUUUGGCAUUGCAGCUAGCGUCAGCGUAGCAGCGGCGGCAGGUCUGCACAUUCUCGAUUCGUGGAAUACCUCGAGACGGCCCGGCAGGCGAAAAGCGCAACAGUUUCCGCAAAACUGGCGUUUUUGGCGACGAAUACUGGAAACCUGGAGCGGUGCGCUGGAGCUCGGCCUUUGGAUGUUCCUUGGCUAUGCGUGCCAAUCCAUUGGUCUGACCGACACAAGCGCCUCUAGAAGUAGUUUUCUGCUGUACUUGAAUGUGAAGAUCGUGCCGUUUCUCGCUGCCGUACUGCUGCGACGUCGCAUUCCGCGAGUCACAUGGCUCGCUGCGACGAUAGCGCUCUUCGGAACAUUAAUGCUUUCGUUCGACGGGGCGCCACCCAACGCGGGUGAUGCCUGGAGUGUCGCAGCAGCCGUCGCGUCAGCGAUGUUCAUCCUGCGUCUGGAGCGUGUAGCAAGUCAAAUGCCGCCGGCCACAAUGAAUGCACUGUCGUUGACAACGGUAACGAUUCUCGCAACGCUAUGGAGUGCGUUCCGAUUCGAUGACUCAGGAAGGCCAGUGUUCGACUGGGCGAUGCUCGGUUCGGCUGCACAACAUAUAACGGAUCCAGCAAUCCUUUACUUGGGACUAGCAGCGACAGCACUGAGCGGCUUGCUCCAAGCCUUUGGACAAGAGCACAUCUCUGCCGAGCGGGCCGCUAUCAUAUAUGCAUUGGAUCCCGUCUAUGCAGCAGCAUUUGCGUACUUGCUUCUGGGCGAGACGCUCGGUCCGCGAGGUAUUCUCGGCGCCGCCAUUGUGUUCAUAGCAGCGUUGCUAUCGCAGGGAGCGAUACGAUCAUGGCUCUCUGAUCGGUUAGAGACUCGAGCAGAGAACGGCAAACUAAACGAUUCAUGA